GAAAUUUUCUAUACCUACGUUGAGUACCAUUGUUUAAUCCAAUCCGAGAUCUGAUUAGUUAUCGUAAACACCCACAAUAACUUACUUGCUGGUCGCGUAAAAACAUAUAUUGUACAUCAUCGCGCUGUGUGAAUAGAUAGAAAAUUCUAAUCUCGCGAUUCGUCGCAUAUCGCGCUUCGCGUGUCGCGUUGUCGCGCAUCGCGUGUCGCGUUGUCGCGCUGGUUUGCAAGAACCAUAACUCGGUCCUGUGUAGAGUCCCUAGAAGUAGAGAGUCUGGACAUCUCGGGGUUCCACGUGAUUGGAUACACGUGAUUGUGCACCUAAAAUGGCAGCACCAAUACGGAUCCCUAUUUAAUCCUCUUUAGCCAAUGUGAUUACAGCAUACAACAUGUCGAGUGCACACAACAAUAAACAUACACACACAUAAAGCUCACGUACAUACACUGGCAUAAUCAUCACCGACAUUUUAGGAACAGAUGUCCAGACUUUCUACUUCUAGGGACUCUAGUCCUGUGCCGAAACAUCUGCCAUCUAAGGAGCGUUUAGUGAACUACAAGUGCAAGUCGACAGGUUCCGAAGACACAUACCCCUCUCGAGCGCAUAGCGCAAACCGUUACAUACACACACAGUGACUAUUAUAAUACGUUUGCAAACCGACGAAUAACGUGCAGGAUUUUCCCCCCAUCUGACUUGCUGUCGUAUAGUGGUGGAUUUCGCAGGUGUCCGCUAUUCUCACUUCACAUACCGAAACUUAUCAGUUCCCGCCAAAGUUGGCGCAAGGUGAAGUGUUGCUUGUGGAAACGGUGGUCGCAGCUAAUCAUAGCGGCAUAUAUAAAGUGAAUGGGCAAAGUGGUGAGACAAUAAGAGAUCUUAACUGAUUCAAUUCUUUUAUCGGUAUUCGAUAAAUCAUUAUCCUUCAUUUGGCUCGAGCGUACCUUGAUUCUCCUGUUUGUAAUAACGACAACUUCAUUCUGUUAGCCAUGUCUAUCAGAAUAAAGACGACGGACGGAGAAAGAGAAGUAUUAGUCAAAUUUCACAAACAGACCACCACUGUGGAAGAUUUGAAGCGUGAAGUUAAAGAACAGCUACAUGUUGAAGAGAUAUUACAACGAUUGUUCUUUGCCGGGAAACAAUUAGAAAAUGGAUAUCAUCUCUGUAAUUAUAAUAUCAAUGUUAAUGACGUUAUAUUACUUCUGAUAAAACCAAAGAAAAUAGACAAUAUCGGAAAUGAAAUAUCUUCCGACAAAAAAAAGAAUAAAAAGAAAAAAAAAAUAAGCGCAGAAAAAGGAGAGACAGAAGAAUUAAAACAAGCUGAGAGCUUGUAUUACAAAAUUGGAGAUGCGGUGGAUUGCAAGGAUGCAGAGACUAAUGCCUGGUUUGAAGCGAUUAUAAAAAAUAUUUUUAAAAAGAAAGAUGAAAUACUUUAUGAGAUAUCAUGGGAAUUCCUUAACACAGAAUGUGAGAAAGUACCUGAAGUACAUAUACGACCACGUGCACGACGUUCUAUACCAUUUGAUGAACUAUCUGUGGGUGAAACAGUCAUGAUUAAUUAUGACAUAGAUCAGCCUGAGAAAAUUGGUCUGUGGUUUGACUUUACAAUAACCGAAAUAGUGAAAAAAAGAGGACGGCAAGAAUUAGUUGGACGAUUGCAUAUUAACAGUGACGACAGUGGUCUUUGCAUUCGAAAGAAAGUCAAAGAAGAAAUAUAUGCAAUCCCAGAAAAGCCCAAGCUUCUAACAGAAAGAACUGCAGACGACGAACUUUUAAUGAUUAGUAACGGCAAAGCCAGACUCAAUCCCCCUGCUUGUGAAGAGUGCAACGACAAUCCUAAUAUGAAAUGUCAUUCGUGCGGCUGUUACAUUUGUGCGGGCAAGGAAGAGGAAGAUACGCUUCUGAUUUGCGAUGAGUGUAAUUGUUUGUUUCAUAUGAAAUGUUUGAAUCCUCCACUUCUGGAACUGCCACAAGAGACUUAUUGGUAUUGUCCUGAGUGUAAAAUUGACGAAAAUGAAAUUGUCAAAGCAGGAGACAAACUGAAAACAACAAAAAGGAAACUCGUCUGUAUCGACAAUAAAAACUCAAGUUCUUGUAGAGGUGGCGGAAUGUCAAACGCUGCAAGACAAAAAAUGUGCUACAUAGUUCCUCCAGAUCAUUGUGGACCAAUUCCUGGUGUGGAUGUUGGUACAACUUGGAUGUUUAGACUGCAGGUUUCGGAAGCUGGAGUACAUAGACCGCCCGUUGCUGGCAUCCAUGGACGGGAAGAUGAUUGUGCGUACUCUAUUGUUUUUUCAGGCGGCUACGAAGAGGACUAUGAUUAUGGUGAAGAGUUUCUCUACAGCGGCUCGGGUGGUAGAGAUUUGUCAGGUAACAAAAGAGUCAAUACACAAAGCAAAGAUCAGACGCUGACAAGAAUGAAUUUGGCAUUGGCUAAAAAUUGUAAUGCUUCCGUGAAUGAUAAAAUUGGUGCAGAUGCUAAGACUAAAUGGAAAGAAGGAAAACCAGUUCGAGUUGUACGUAAUUAUAAGUUAGGAAAACGUAGUGAAUAUGCACCGAAGGAAGGAAACAGAUACGACGGUAUCUAUAAAGUGGUUAAAUAUUACCCAGACAAAAGCACCCAUGGUUUCGUUAUGUGGAAAUACGUUUUAAGAAGAGAUGAUCCAUCUCCUGCACCAUGGACUCAAGAGGGAAAAGAAAGAAUCGCUUUUCUUGGUUUGAAGAUGUUGUAUCCCGACGGAUAUCUCGAGACAGUGGAAAAAUUCGAUAAAAUCACAGUUAAAAAACGACUUGCUAUCGAAGACAAUAGCAAAGAAAGCAAGAUUCCAGCUAAGAAACAACGCCGCACUAUUAAUGAUGAUGAUAAAGAAAACGAUAUGACUAUUAAAAAGUUUAAAAAGGUUAAGCGAACUUUUGAUUUGGAAGAUGAAUUGAAAGAUUUAAUAGAAAAUGACAAAGUAAACGCUAAGUUAUGGGCUGAAUGUAAAGCAACGUUGAUCGAUGGAAAACCCGCCUUCUUGAAUAGUGUUUUAGAAAGAUUUAAAUGCGUUUGCUGUCUCGGAAUAUUUUACAAUCCUGUAACGACUCCUUGCGAACAUACCGUCUGCUUAAAAUGCUUACAGCAGAGCUUUGCCUCUGAGAUUUAUUCCUGUCCUACAUGCCGAUUUUCUCUAGGAAAAGAUUACGAUAUGAAGGUUAAUCAAAUAUUAUCGUCUGCCUUAUUACACAUUUUUCCUGGCUACAAAGGCGAAUAGUAAUGUCAUCUUCAUAUAAUUACAUAGCAAUUUGAAAAGUCAGUAUUUGAAAUGUAUGUUUGUUUUGCUUAAAACUACAGUUUAAAAUAUUCUGUGAGUACUGUACGAUGAAAAUAAUUUGUAUGAACUAAAUUAGCCAAGUGUUUUGUACAAAAGUAAGAAGAUAUUUUUACAAAAAAUUGAAAGGUUUAUUUAUCACUUAGGAAAAUUAAAAAUGCUUUACUAAAAAAAUUGUACGUAAAAAUUAAACCUAUUGUAACAUUUAAUUGUAACAUUUUAUUUAUAUUUUUUUAAUAACAUAAGUACGUGAUAUUUAAGGAUAUCAAGAAGAUAUGUACAUCUAAUAUGGCAAGACUAUUGAUAUCAUUCGAUAUAUUUAAUAAUUAAUAUUUUAAUAUAAAUGAAAUAUUUCUUUUGUACUUUUUAAUGCAAAUCUGGCAUUAUAGAGACAUUGUCUACAUUCUAGAUUAUUAUGUGCAAGUUAUUAUAACUAUUAUUUUAUGGUGUUUAUAUAAGACAGUUUCAAAAGAAACAAUGAAUAAAUUUCGUAAUGUAUAUGUAUAAAUCACACUUAUAUAUUUUA